GCCGUUGUGAUCAACGUCGCCUGGGCCCUUGUUCUAUCAGAGCUGACUGACAACAGCGAUAUCGUCUUUGGAAAUGUUACCACGGGACGAAAUGGGAGCAUGCCUGGUCUUCAUGAGGUGGUAGGACCUUGCGUCAACAUGGUACCUUUACGGCUGGACGUC